AUGGCACCCAUCAUGGAGGGCACUCACACCGUCUUGCUACUGUACGCACCCAUCCGCGAGCGUAGCAACAUCUGCCUCUACUUCCCCAAGAGGCGGGCCCGGAGCUUCAAGUACAAGAGCCGCGCCCCUCAUUCGGAAAGGGCCGGUAAUGACCAUGACCGGGGUAAGGAGGAUCUCGCCGUGUCCGAACAAAGAGGCCAGUCUUCCAGCUCUUCGGGCGAACUCAGCAGUUCCCGGCAGGCAACAAAGGAAGCAGUUGCAGAGCUCUGCUGGCUGGCGGCUGAGCACCACCAGUUGCUGGCGGAUCUGUUAUCGCUGUGCAGGGAUUGCGCCAACAAAGUCAGGAUGGGUAACCAGGAUGGGAAACUCCAGGGUAACGCGGAGGGCCAGGAAGUUCAACCUGGAGGUCAGGUUCCCAGCAGCACCGUGCCUCCAGAGCAGAAGAAAGGCGCAUCCAAGAGCAAAAAGCAGAAGAAGCUGGGAGGCAAGAAGCUCGACAGCGCUGAAGAUUUUCUGUACAGUAAAAUGAUAAGGAAAGUUAGAAGUGGAAGUUUAUUUGCGGAGACUCUAACGGAGAAGAACACGUCCACAAGUGCAGCUUCAGAAGUGGAGAAGAUCCCACGAACCAAAGCCUCUGUCCAUGUGUGUGACACCCCAGUAACCGGCUCCUAUGUCAGCGCGACCAGUAAUCCCAUCCUGCCCAUGGAGGAACCUUUCCAGACCGCUCAUGAAGGUUGGGACUUCAUGGAGGACAACCGCACGUUUGACCCCGACAUGGAUUUCUGCAAUGACUUCUCCGAGUGUGACGGUGAGCUGGGCUACGAGUCGUCUUCUUGCAGCUUGAUGGAGGGUCUGACCCGACGAGAAAGCGGCAGCAACCUUCGACCGAUCAAAAGGUUUGAUUCUCCGGUUGAGAUGAUAGUUGAGAAUGCACCAAGUCAAGUCAAGCCCACUCCGCCGCUUUACGCCGAAAACAACCAGAGGAACACGGAGGUCAGGGUUGUGGCCAAAGUGCAGGAUGUGGAAGGGAGAAAGCAACAUGUGAGCCACACGAGUCCAGACAGGCCUGGGUCAGCUGUGCCACAUCCAGGGACUAGCAAAUGCCAGCAGGAGUGGGGAGGGUCAAACAGAGACCACCUGCUGGUAGUCAAUAAGGAUAAAACAUGUAACAAACUCCCUGUGGGGCUACGGCUGCCCCUAUCCCACACCAAUGAACCCUCACCCCCAGCCAGAUCCCACGCAAAGAGCCCCUCUUCACCUUCCCUCGCUGGGGUCUUCAACAACUCCUUCCCUGCCUCGAACAGCCUCCAGAGCAUGUCCCCAGUCCUGUCCCCCCUGUCCUCCAAGCAGGCAAGCCCACAACUCAACCACCGCAUUGUCCUGCUCUCAGAUAAGGACGUGGACCCCGAUCAAGACAGCUCCAGUAACACAGACGAACCCAAACUCUUCACGGAGGUCAUCGACAAGAACGGCAACAAGCGGACCAUCACGCGUCUGGAUCUGAACCUCAGCAGGCGGCCGAGCACCUCCAAGUGGAACUCCUCGAGUAACUCCACAACAACAGAUGAUUCCCUCUUGCGUCAGGAUGAUAUUUGGAUGCUGGAUGACCCUCAGGAGCCGCUCCCACGCGUCCCCCGCCCCGAUCACCUGGACUUCCUGCGCAUCACGCCGCCUGAGGAUGACAUCAUCGGGGAUACACCCUACUACCCUAAGCUGGAGUGCACGACGGAGGUCACGUCGCCCACAGACAGCGAGGACCGGACUCCAGGGCGUCUGCAGGCGGUGUGGCCCCCACCCAAGCCUAAGGAUGAGGAAGAGAAGGUGGGGCUCAAGUACACAGAGGCAGAGCACCAGGCUGCCCUGCUGCAGCUCAAGAGAGAGUGCAAGGAAGAUCUGGAGAGGAUGCAUUCCGACUUUGAGCUUCAGGUCUUCCAGCUGCGAGGUGAGCAUGCCGUCUCCAUGUCACACCUGGAGGGAGUCAUUGCAAAGAUGCAGAGAGACCGGUCGUACAAUGCGGGUCAGGAGCGCGGUGAGCUCCGCGACGCUGCUGUUUGCACCGCAGACGACCCGACCCUGAAGACCUGCCGCACUGUGGGCAUCCAGACGGACAGGGAGACCUUCUUAAAGAGUCCUGAGGGUGACGGCGCCCCUCAAAGCCCCAGCCAGAACCUGCCCAAGAAACUCAACUUGGACUCUAUCGGACUGAAUCUCAAAGCUCACAACAACACACUAUGGGGUUCUCUGGAGGAGCCAAACAUCGUGAACACCAACGAGUUUGAGGAGUUUUUCUCUAAAGCCACGCUACAGCCCAAGAAGAAGCCGCUGUCGGACACCUAUGAGAAGAAAGCCAAACCUAAGAAGAUCAUCAAGCUGCUGGAUGGGAAGCGCUCACAGGCGGUCGGCAUCCUCAUAUCAAGCCUGCAUCUGGAGAUGAAGGACAUUCAGCAAGCUGUUCUUAAUGUGGACAACUCUGUGGUGGAUUUGGAGACCAUCGAGGCUUUAUAUGAAAAUAGGGCCACCAGUGACGAGAUGGAGAAGAUAACGAGACAUUAUGAGACUUCCAAAGAAGAUGAAGUCAAACUGCUGGACAAACCUGAGCAGUUUCUCUACGAACUCUCCCAGAUUCCUGAAUUCGCGCGCCGAGCCCACUGUAUCAUCUUCCAGUCGGUGUUCCUCGACACCAUCUCCUCCAUACGGCGCAAGGUGGACAUUAUCUCCAAUGUCUGCAAAGAGCUGCUGGAUUGUAGCAGCGUACGGGAGGUUUUGGGGCUCGUUCUGGCCUUUGGGAAUUAUAUGAAUGGAGGGAACAGGACAAGAGGUCAGGCUGAUGGCUUUGGACUGGAGAUCCUUCCCAAGCUAAAGGACGUCAAGAGCAGGGACAAUCGCAUCAAUCUGGUGGAUUAUGUGGUUUUGUACUACCUGCGUAAUUUCGAUAAGCACGCCGGUACAGAAAAGAGUGUGUUUCCUCUGCUGGAGCCUCAGGAUUUCUUCCAGGCUUCUCAGGUUAAGUUUGAUGACCUCGCCAAAGACAUCAGAAAGCUGAAGAGAGAUCUGACUGCUUGUGAGAAGAACGUGCAGCAAGUGUGUACUAACUCGACCGAGGAGCAGCUCCAGCCCUUUAAGGAGAAGAUGGAGGGAUUCGUUUCUGCUGCUCAGAAGGACCAUUCUGCAGAAGAGGACCGACUCAACGCUGCACAGAAAAGUUUCCAGGACAUGGUGAGCUACUUUGGUGUGAAGCCAAAGUCCGGGGAGAAAGAAGUGGCUCCGAGUCACGUCUUUAUGCUCUGGUACGAGUUCUGCAACGACUUCAAGAACACCUGGAUACGGCAAAGCAAGAGCAUCUCUAAGGAGAGGUUGAAGGAAGCUCAAGAAAGCAUCAAGAAGAUGACAGCGGAGAAGAGAGUCGAGACCAAGAAGAUCAAUGCCAACAGUCUGAAGGAGAGGCUGCGGCAGAAGGAAGCCAGCGUGUCCUCCAGCUGAGGGAGAGUGACGGAGCAGAAGAACAAAUGAGGACCGGCGGACGAAGCGUUCACCACCUGCCUCGGCAACGCUGGACUUCCCUCUGCGCCCCCGUACGGACUCACAAUAAAAAACCUCAC